GUCGCGCCUUGUGACAGCUAGUCUGCAGUGUUUGCUGUGUGGAGAGGAGCACCAUGAUUCGCACCGUGUUCUCCCGCGCCCUUCCCAGAUUGUCAGUGUGUCGCUACUCCGCUGUUGGCAUCCCAGCGCCCAGCGCACAGCCUGAGGUCCAUUACAACAAGCUGUUCAUCAACAACGAGUGGCAGGAUGCAGUAAGUGGGAAAACCUUCCCUACCAUAAACCCAGCAACUGGUGAGGUCAUCUGUCAAGUUGCAGAAGCUGAUCAGGCAGAUGUGGACAAGGCAGUGAAAGCAGCACGUACUGCCUUCAGAUUGGGGUCGCCAUGGCGUCGAAUGGACUCUUCUCAUCGAGGCCUUCUUAUCAACAAGUUGGCUGACACCAUUGAGAGGGAUGCAGCCUACCUUGCAGAACUGGAGACUCUGGACAAUGGGAAGCCAUAUGCUGUUGCUUACAGUGUAGAUCUGCCUAUGGUUGUGAAAUGCUUCAGGUACUAUGCAGGUUGGGCUGACAAAUGGGAGGGAAAGACCAUUCCCAUCGAUGGGGAUUAUUUCUGCUACACCAGGCAUGAACCCAUCGGAGUAUGUGGACAGAUCAUACCGUGGAACUUCCCUCUGUUGAUGCAGGCCUGGAAGCUUGGCCCCGCUCUAGCCACUGGUAACACAGUGGUGAUGAAAGUUGCAGAGCAGACUCCUCUGACGGCUCUCUAUGUGGCCAGCUUAAUUAAAGAGGUGGGUUUUCCUGAGGGUGUCGUGAACAUCUUGCCUGGCAUGGGGCCAUCAGCUGGUGCUGCCAUUGCAAAUCACAUGGACAUUGACAAGGUGGCCUUCACUGGUUCCACAGAGGUGGGUCAUCUCAUCCAACAGGCAGCAGGCAACAGUAACCUGAAGAAAGUCACUCUGGAGCUUGGAGGAAAGAGUCCAAAUGUCGUCUUGUCUGAUGCAGACAUGGAGAAUGCAGUGGAGCAGUCCCACAUGGGCCUAUUCUUCAACCAGGGCCAAUGCUGUUGUGCUGGCUCUCGAACCUACGUUCAAGAAGAAAUCUAUGAUGAGUUUGUGGAGCGUAGUGUUGAACGAGCCAAAAGACGAGUGGUGGGAAACCCUUUUGACUUACAGACUGAACAAGGACCUCAGGUUGAUCAGGAGCAGUUCAACAAGAUUCUGGGCUACAUCAGCAGUGGGAGGAGAGAAGGAGCCAAGCUGAUGUGUGGAGGAGGCGUAGCAGCAGACAGAGGGUAUUUCAUCCAGCCUACAGUGUUUGGGGAUGUCAACGACAACAUGACCAUUGCCAGGGAGGAGAUCUUUGGCCCAGUGAUGCAGAUUCUGAAGUUUAGGACACUGGAGGAGGCGAUAACCAGGGCCAAUGAUACCAAGUACGGUCUUGCAGCUGCAGUGUUUACCAAGGACAUUGACAAAGCAAACUACGUCUCGCAUGGACUCCGGGCUGGCACUGUCUGGAUAAACUGCUACAAUGUGUUUGGGGUCCAAGCUCCUUUUGGCGGGUACAAAGCUUCGGGUAAUGGCAGAGAGAUGGGAGAGUAUGGUUUGGAGAACUACACAGAAGUCAAAACGGUGACCAUCAAGGUGCCACAGAAGAACUCUUAGAUGUGGGGAGUCUAUUCAGCAUCUGGGAGCACAUCGCAUUUUUUAAAAAUCUGCUUUGUCACACGGGCACUGUGGAUUCUUGGGUUUAAAGAUCCUCUAUUUACUAUUGUUUGAAUAUAAACAUGAUUACUCUACUCUUUGAAAUAUCAUAAACUCAGUUGGUGAUCACAGGCCUUUAUAUUUCAGCAUUAUCAUAAUAAAUGCAUCUGAAGCACA